AUGUUGAAUAUCCUGCUCCACACUGCUGGGGCCAUCUUCGGUCUGCUCCUCUGUUUUCACGUUCUUCUGGCACUAUACCACCUCUUCAUAAACCCUCUCCGCCGCUUCCCCGGACCGAAGCUGGAUGCCCUGUCCCAGCUCAUCUGGUCGUACCACCUUGCCAAGGGCGACUCGACAAAAUAUAUCGCCAAAUUGCAUGAAAAAUACGGCCCUGUAGUCCGCACCGCCUCCAAUGAACUGUCCUUCAUUAGUGCGACCGCCUGGCAGGAAAUUUACGGCACUACAGGUGUGGGCAAGGUCUAUGAAAAAAAUGGAAUCGCCUACUUGCAGGGGUCUCAGGAUAUCACCAACAUCUUCUUUGCGCACAGUCAGGAACAUGCCCCAGUGCGCAAGCUGAUGUCUCCGGCAUUCUCAGAGCGUGCAAUUCGUGACCAGGAAGUUCUUAUCCAACAAUCUAUCGACCAGAUGAUGAGCUCACUCCGGAAGCGCACGGGUGAAGCCUGUUUUCCUGCCGCAGAUGGCGUGGUGAAUCUGGCUGCAUGGUUCAAUUUUGAAGUAUUUGACGUGCUAAGCUCGCUGUGCUUUGGUACCAGCAUUGAUUCUCUUUCGAAAGGCGACUAUCACCCAUGGAUCUCCGUCAUCUAUAGUGCUAUUAAGCACUCGACCUUGAUCCAGUCAGCUCAUCGCCUCAAGCCUUACCACUGGCUUCUUGAGAAACUCAUUCCCUCGGAUAUUGAGAGCCAAUAUAUUUUCCACCUAGAAAACUGCACCAAGGCACUCACUGAACGCUUGAGCAAGCCUGACAAUGAGCGUCCCGAUAUUUUAUCUUACCUACUUGGUAAGAUGUCGCACGAGGAACUGCUGGAUAAUGUGAAUAUUCUGGUUACAGCGGGCGGUGAUUCCACGGCCACCACAAUGACCUCGGUCGUCUACUAUAUCACACAAAAUCCACACAGCUACAAGGCACUCGUGAAGGAGAUCCGGGACGCUUUCCCAACUGAAAGCUCAAUUACUAUUGCCGAAGUGAUGAAGUUGAAGUACUUGAAAGCUGUCAUUGACGAGGCAAUGCGAAUUCACCCCAGUGUGCCAGUCGGACUACCGCGAAUUGUUCCCAAGGGGGGCCGAUUCAUUGAUGGACAGUUUGUUCCUGGUGGUACAUGGGUUUCCGUGACUCAAUUGGCUUCUUAUCGUUGGCCCGAAUACUUCAAGGACCCCGAAUCCUUCCACCCGGAGCGAUGGCUAGGAGAUUCCAGGUUUGACUCGGACAACCGAGCAGUUUUCCACCCAUUUUCGAUUGGAACGAGGAAUUGUAUUGGUCAAAACUUGGCUAGCUCGAACAUGCGCCUGACCCUUGCCCGCCUGUUGUGGAACUUCGACUUGGAAUCGCAACCUGAUAACAUCGACCCCCAUGACUCUUUGGAGUUUGGUCUCUGGGAGCACCGACCUGUGAACAUAAAGCUUACCGACAUGGUUAGAGGCUGA